AUGGUCUUAGCACUUCUACUUUUGUUACUGGUAACUACCGUAGAUGGACAGUAUUCUCAAGGCCACUUCUGUAUUCCACAUCCCACAAACAUUCACUGGGUUCCAUAUUCCAAACCACCUUGUUUGCAUCCUGGACAACCAAUUUUUGAAUGGCCAGGUGGCAGCAACUGCUCUCAACAUCUUUCUUUGCACUCUGAGCAGAUCUCUGUGGAUGAGACUGGCUUAGUCUUUGCUAAGCAAAGGCUAUGCUUUUACUUCACUGUCGAGUUGAUCGAAUAUACCUAUAAAUGGAAGGACGUUGUUCACACAGGCCAAUUCAAGAUAGGUCAUCCAAAGUUCACAAAGCAAAAGAGGUUCAAACGAUGGCUAAGAAGGAGAAAUCCCGAUCCGAAUGCAAUACACUUUCAACAGGAGAGGUAAGG